UCUAAUUUUAAGAGAGAAACAAAAAUAAAAAGAAAGGAAGUUAAAAAACAAAAAAGAAACUGCUGAGGAUGAAAGGGAGUGGGCGCUUGAUUAAUUGAAACCCAGAGGCAUGCUUCUGAUGCUUCCCCUCUUCUUCGCAGUAGCCUGCGCGGAUCGUUUCUAGAGAGAGAGAGAGAGAGAAAUUUUAUAGAGAGAGAGAGAAAGGGAGAGGAAGGGAAUGAGGGGAAGGCAGAGAACAAUCUACUUAGGGUUGGCGUUUGUUAUGAUAUUGGGUAUUGCCGUCUACUUCAGGCUUUGGGCUAUCGAUUACAGAAUUUCCGUUGAUGAGGCCGAAUCAUUAAGAAGACAGUUCGAUCUUGCUAGUAAGGAAGCAAUGGAUGAAUCUGCAUCAUGGAGAUUGAGAUAUGAUGGGGAAGCGGAAAGGGCUAGCAAAUGUGAUAAGGAACUGAUUCAGAUUAAGGAGUCUCUAGUGGAGAAAGCUGAGGAUGCUGCUAACAUUAACAAGAAACUAGAAAUGUUGCAAAAGGAGAAUAUGGGUUUGCUUGAACGGGUUGAAUACUUAAAACAAGAGCUUGAAGCUGAGAAGUUGAAGUGCAACAUGCAUUAGAUAUCGCUGUCAUUGGAAGUUUAAAAUUGAGCAGAUAGAAUUUUGUGUUGGGAUUUCACCAUCGUACCUUUCAUGAUUUUGAUAAUAUACCAUAAACGGACCAAUCAGAGGUGGUUGUAAGAUGCAAAUACUUUUACUGACAGAGUUUGCUUCUUAUCAAUUUCACCCUGAAAAUGGUCUUUUUAGACUGAAAUACAUGUACUUCACUACAAAUCCUCUGUAAUUCACUCAAAGCAUACUUUCUGAUGAUCCGUCCUUGGUUAUGCUCAAGAAUGUAAAUUCCUUUUCCUGAAAGAAAAGUAUAAAAUUCAUCUUUUUUUAACUUUUUGUUCAA